AAGAAAAAAAAAUAUAAUCGUAUUUCGUUGUAACGUUAUACGGAUUAUUUAUAUGCGGAAUUGAAAAUUUCCGUCCGAUUUCGAAGAAGUCGUCACGGUAAUAAGUAUCGCGAGAAGAGAAAUUCUGACCAGAAUUACGAAAGUACGUGGAAGGGAAAGGAUAAGAACGCGUACAAGAGCGUCGAACCUUCCCGAAAUAUGUAUUUCGGCAACGAUGUGGUGUUCAAGAGGAACGUCAACUUCGACGAUUUCGAUACAUUUCAAAAUGGGUAACCAUUUUUGAGAAACCUUUCUUUUUUUUCUCUUUGCCGCCCCUACGAUGCCCCCGAAUACACCAAUGUAUCCCCGAUCCCUGAUUUUUUUUUCCUUUUUCUUCCUAACCCGUUAACAUAUUUCUCCUCUUUGGCAGAUUGAACAAGAAAGAUAUUCAUCCCUCUUCCGACUACGACAAAGACACGGCGGGCGAACAAGUUCCGAAAGAUUGGACGAAAUCGAAGGAUCUUUGUUCUCUCAACGAUUGGUUGAACUUCAACAAGAAUCUCGGAGGGAAACGGGAGAAAUCGGGGAAUCAAAUGAUCCACGAAUGCGAAACUAUUCAAAAAAAUAGAUUCAGUACGAUUUAAUAAUUUCCCGUAACAACCGUUUUCUUUCUCUCUCUCUCUUUUUUCUUAGAAACUUUUUUUCUCUAACAUCUCGAUCGAGAAACGCGCUGAUGGAAGGAAACGAUAUAUUGAAUAGAUGCCUUGAGCCCCGACAAGACGAAAGGGGAUACCAAGUUUAACGUGAGAAAUCAACGAGACGAAGCGCGGAAGAAAGAGGCGCCGUCGCUCGAAUCGUUGAAAGAGACUAUAUUAGAAUUGAAGAAAAAUCUCAAGGAGGCGGACAAAAAGCAACACGACAAUUUAAAAAAUGAGGAGGAUAUCGAGGAGAACGAGAACGACAAGUUGGAGCACAAAGAUCGGACGACUCGCGCAAAGAACAAGCAUCGGAAGACCGAGAAUGACGAUGACGUCAAUUGGUGGGAGAGUUCGAACGGAAUGGAAAAGUUCGACUUGAAAAAGCGGGAACAGCAGGACUCGCAACAGGAGGAGAACGCGAAUGAGAAGAACUCCCGCGUCAAAGUGUGGAGGACGAAGAGGACCGAGGUCAAUAACAACAACAACGAGGAAGAGGACGGUAACGCGAAACUGUUUCACAGAUCGGGGUUUGGGGACCCGUACCUUGAGGAGAAGGAGAGGGAAAAUCUGGCCAAAGAGAUCCACGACCGAAAGAGGCGUAGCAAGGGGACGCCUGGCUCGGACGAGAAGUGUUACGUGAACGAGGCGCAGAACGAGAAGGGCGCCAAGGCGUUGAACGAAGAGAAGAGUCCGUCGAGGGUGUCGACGAAGGCGGGCAACGUCGAAGAGGAGGCGAGCGCGUUGGAGAGGAUCGGGGCCAACGAGUUGCGGGCGGACGACGCUUUCGGGAUGGAGAGCAAAUUGACGAGCGACGCGGGGGAGAAGGGGGCCGCGGAUGCCAAGGCGGGGGCGAGGGAGGCGCGAAAGGACGAGGGGAAGAGCGCGGUCGGAAAGGUGGUUGGCAAUUACCAGCAACAAUCGGCCGUUACGCAGGGGAAAUCGGUCGGCGCGGAGGGCAAGUUGACGAAGGAAGGAAAAGUGAAUCUCGGGGAGGGGGGCUCGUCGCAAGUCGCGGAAUCUGUGGCGAACGGGUUGCCAGUCGUUGGCGCCGGUGUUGCGUCCGCUGCCGCCGUUUCUUCCUCUUCCUCCUCCUCCUCCUCUUCUUCCUCUUCUCCCUCUUCCUCGUUGAUGAGCGAGAGCCCGAUCUCUUCCCCGAGCGAGGGCAAGGAAAAGAAGGAAAUGGCCCGCGGGGCGAAGGAGCAAGAAAAAGCGGCGGCAACCGAGCAGGGGAAAAGGUCGGCGACGGGGGACGGGUCGGGGAACGUGAACCUGCACCUCGAGUCGGAGAACAAAAAUUUGAUCCAGUACAGCAACGAGAACAUGAAGGAGGGCAAGCGGCAGGCGCCGUUCAUGCUGGACAUGUUCAACGUGAAGAAGACGUUGCUCGAGAAGGAGGAUAAACCGGGCAAAUCCAUUUCCACGAUAUUCGACAUGAAGCUGGCCAAGGCGGAGGUGGACACGGCCGCCGUGAAGGAAUGCGCGAAAAGGGGGGGGAACGAGAAAGAGGUGGAGAUCCCGAUUACCAACGGGGUGCUCGAAUUCGAGGGGAAUAAAGUUAAGGAAGCGCCGCCGUACGGCGAAGACACGGCGGGCCUCGCGCUACCCUCCAACAUCAUGGAGAGGAACAUCGUGGAUGAGAAACGGGGCAAGAACUCGGCGGAGGAGUUGGACAAAAGGCAAUCGGGACAAAGCGCGAUCGACGAGCGAGACGGGAUUCGCAAUUGGUUGGAGGAUCGAGUGGACGCGGACCCGAAUAAUCGAGGUAUGGCGGAGAAACGCGAGAGCGGGAACGGAGCCGGGAAGGGGGCCGGGAAAUUUAAGAACGAGGAGGAGUGUUCGUCGGGCGAGAACGCGGAUAAUAAUUUCGCGGACGAUAAAAGCCGCGGGGACGUGGCCGGGAAGGAGUUGAAUUCGGUGGCGGGCAAGAGCCAGGAAUCGCAAGCAGUGGCGAGCGGCGAGAAAGGGAAGGCGGGCAACAACGGCGAGGUCGACGGCGAGAGGAAACGGAAGAAGAAAUAUCAGGGGGGGGCGUUCGUUGCCGUCGGGAAUCAGUUGAACGAUCAAAUGACGAGCGACAGAUACGGGCAGAGGAAAAUCCUUCAAUACAUGGAAUAUUCCAACGACGAAGUGGAGGAGGCUGAUAUGAAUUACAACGACAAGGAGGAGGAGGAGAAUCAGCGACAAUCGGUCAAUGCAGAGAAAAACGAUAUAUCAGCGCGUAGGAAAGAAAGAGCGGUCAGCGAUAAAAAGAAAGCGAAAGUAAAUGUGAUGAUAAAAAGCAAGAUGAGCAAAAGAAAGAAAACGGAAAAGAGUAGGAAAAGGCGUAAUCCGAACGUAAUCGAGUAUUACGAAUACGAUAACGAUAUGGAUCAAGAGAACGACGAAUUGUCACCGUCCAACGAACAAGAACGAGUGAAAAAUAAUUAUCAAGACAAAAACCCUAUAGAAUUUGAUGCGGGACUUGGUAAUGAUGCGUGCACUUCUCCAUCCUCGAAAACCUAACGUGAAAAACUGCUAAAAAUCAUAGCGUAGUAAAGUUCCGUCAAAUUUUGUAUCGCAACCUGUUUCAAGUUCAUCUCCCUCCCGUUCGAUGCCUCCAGGUUAGGUGAAACUCGUACGAGAAAACUCACAUCUGUUUUCAAUCGUAGUGGAAUACGAGGAAGAGAAAGAGUGUGUACCACCCAAAACGGACAAGAAGGUGGACUUGCACGAAAUAGAAAUGGAAAAAAAGGAACGGGAGCAGGAAAGGAAGAAGAAACCUACGGAGCAAUUCCUGAGUCCAAGUGGAAAAAAUAUAACUAAGAAGAAUAGCGCAUCGAUAUUGUCCACCAAAGUUAAAUUUGCGGAUGAGGAGGGAUCGUCCAACAGCGGGCAACAAGCGGGAUCAAGGUGAAGGCAACGUGAACACCAUUAGUCGCGAGAGGUCAGUGGUAAAAAAAUUCACGAGCGAAAUGAAAAAAAAACAAAAAAAAAAAAAACAAAAAAAAAUAAAAAACAAAAAAAUCUAAUCAAACGGAUGACACUGACCUACGUGAUCGUUGUAUUAGUGGUUACACACGUACACGUUCGAGAAACGUUCCAGAACACCGAAUGAUCCUAGUUUAUUAACAGGUUAAAAGAGCCGGUCGAGGAGAACGAGGAAACGUUUCUAGAUAACGAAGUGAACGAGAUGGUAUUAGACCCUGCCAAAUAUAUUCUCAAGAUGGAUAAGAACCUAGAUGUCGGGAUAAUAGACGAUAUAUUCGAGGAUAUCCAAUCUAUGGACGAAAAGUAACCACAUUUCUCUCUCUCUCUCUCCGCUCUAACGUUCGUUUUCUUCUAAACUCGUUAAACUCGUGAAAAUCAUCUAAAUGAUCCCUAUAUAAUCUGUCCUUUGAGCAGAAAAGAAAAGAUUCCUAACAGCAUGGAACCAUUGUACGAAGAGUUGAAAAAGAUAUACGAUUGGAACGAGGAGGAGAGCAAGAGCAAGCCUCGAAUCAAGGGAGAUCAGAGAAUGUUCUACGGGACCAACGAUAAACUAGAUCCGAACGUGAUCGAACAGAAAGAUCAAUUGGAAUCGCCGGAAAUCCACGCCGAUUCAUCUGGAACGUAUGGUAAUAACAAUGAUAAUGAUAAUAGUAAUGAUAAUAAUAAUAAUAAAAAAAAGAAAAACCCGCUUGAAUGAAUCAUUUCCGUUUCGACCAUCGUCAAUUUUACCGUACAGCUUCUAGCCCCAAUCUAUUCCUCCCUAUUUCCCUACUCGUUUACGAUGGAUCGGAACAAUCUAAAAUUGGUGAGAAUAAUUCACCGGUCGUAUCAUCUGGCGAGCCCAUUGCGAGGAACAACGUUUCCCAAAGUAAUUAUUUAGCUCUUAAAAGCACGGACGAUAUGUUUAAAGGUGGGCCGGAGCAAAGCCUUAACAGCACCGACGAAAAAUUACAAGGACUUGGUGUUAUCGGUAAAGUUGUUGAGUGGAAAACGCAAAAGGUAAAAGAAAAAAGAAAAAAAGAAAAAAAAAAAAA